ACAGGUGAUUUCUCUUGGCUUUCAUUGACAAGAGCAUCGGCACAUUGGAACAGGUGGGGAAAAGAUUGCUCAGCAUGCACAGUGAGGCUGAGUACACGCUGUGUAACCUUGACUCACACCACGGCUACCAGAACACCUACAGUUCAAGUCCCGACAUCUACGGCUUUCACGGCAUCAACGGCCGGAGCCUGGACACGGGUCAAGGCUGUGCCGGCUACUACACCGGUGACUCGUCCUUGUCGCCUCAGCUGGGUAGCGCCGGAGAGCUGCCGGCAGCCGGCAACCAACAGCUCGGAGCUUACGGCUCUCCUGGAGCUCUCCGUCUGACCAACCGAGCCGCUCCCCACGGCUACCACAUCCCCAGCGCUCACCACCACCACCACCACCAUCAGCAGCAGGCCACACCCCAGCACACAGCCAGUGUGGCCACGGGGAAUACCUACUCGGGCCAUGAUUUGGCUACUGACUGCUACACGCAACACACCCAACACACGCAACACACCCAACACACGCCAAACUUCCUAGACAUAACCAUACGCUCUGGAUACCAAACCACUGUUGACAAAUACGGUACCGGUGAGCCGGUCAAAUAUGGAGCCGGAAGUCCAGGUCCGGCUCAUUUAACCGGAUCACAAAUGACAAAUGGAUAUCCGCCGGCACCUCCAGCUCCCCUGAAGGCUGAAGGCUGCAGUAACCAGCCGGCAAUACACGGCAAGCCGUUCCGGUGGAUGACCAUCAAACGGAACCCAACCAAGCCAGUCAACUCAAGUCAACGUGACAUGAUCGCCAAAGCGGGAAAAACGAACGAGUAUUCAAGUUCAGGCAACACGUAUAACCCGAGCAAUCAGUCAAACCACGGGAACCACGUGAGCUCAGGUCCUCUAGCCGGCUCAGGGCGAACAAACUUUACAAACAAACAACUAACGGAGCUGGAGAAAGAAUUCCAUUUUAACAAGUACCUAACCCGUGCUCGCAGGAUCGAGAUCGCUGCAGCUCUAGGACUCAACGAGACGCAGGUCAAGAUCUGGUUCCAGAACAGGAGGAUGAAGCAGAAGAAACGGAUGAGGGAGAUUCAGUUUGAGAAGGUCAACGGCGACAGCUGCCAACAGUUGAGCUUAGAGGGGCUAGCGGUACCCAGCAUGGCGCUAUGUCACGACACAAGAUAGUUGGGUUAGGUCACGACACAGUUGGGUUAGGUCACGACACAAUUGGGUUAG